UAUAAGGUUCUAUUUGAACUUAUUGGGAUUAGGGUUCAAUUUCGGACAAUUGGACGCGACCUUGCUCUGGUUUUCGGACAACUGAGAGACUGCGGAACUGUAAAAAAACCAUGGCGUCGGAGCCACGCAUCGUUCUUCUAAUGCUCGUCCUAUUUGCUGCGGCCGCCGUCUUCUCCACCUUCUUAGCCAGCCCGGGAGCCCGCCCAGAUUUUCGGACAGGUCGAUUCACACCUAUUUCGAACCCCAAUGACUCCCAAAUCGUGCUGGAGAUGGGACGGUUCGCCGUAGACGCCCACAACAAAGAGGCUAACGCCACUCUGGAAUUCCAAUCAGUGAUUGAAGCAUGGCAUCAUGUCGUCGCCGGUUCGAUUUUGAGGCUCGUGAUCGUCGCCAAGGCCAGCGGCAGCGCCGCGGAGAAGUAUGAGGCUGUCGUGUGGGAUAGGCCAUGGCUGCCACUCAGAAAUCUCACCUCCUUCAAACCAUACCCAAUGAUGUGAAGACGUUAUGGUCAAGUACUUGGUCUUCUCUAUACUAGCAACUAUUGAAGUAUUGAAUAUUGAUCCUCCUAUAGUCCUAUUUUUUCCAACAAAUAUGAAUGACAUUUUUCAAAUUUUCAUCCAAAGAAUUACUCUAGUUACGGAUAUGCUAUUCUAGUAGGCUAGUAACUGUUAUUGUUGUUCCUAGACAAAUAGUUUUGGUAAGGUUAAGAAACUUUUUAUUGAAUAAGGUAAUGAUUUACUACUCUGUAGUAAGUUCUUGUACCUUUAUCUGAAUUAUCAGAAUUAUCUUUUAAAUGUAGUUUUGCAGGUGUAUUAAGAAAGUAGUGUUUUUUUUUUGUGGGAGAGUUGUAUACAAAGAAAUACGAUACUAUGUUGUUUGUAGGGACUUGCUUGCAAUUUUGUAACUACCAGCCUAUUAUUGGAG